GAAGGAUUUAUUGCUAUUAUCACAGGAUCUUACUUGAAUGUAUUAUUGAUCUUCAUACCUUUUGGUAUUGUAUCUAAAUUCUUUUGGGGUUCUACCGCGACAUUUGUAUUGAACUUUAUUGCUAUCAUCCCUUUGGCCAAAUUAUUGGGAGAUGUAACCGAAGAUAUUGCAUUAAGAACAGGAGAGGUAGUGGGUGGUUUAUUGAACGCGACUUUUGGUAAUGCUGUUGAAUUGAUUGUUUCAGUGAUUGCACUUAGUCAAAAUUUAGUGGUGAUUGUACAAAGCUCCAUGCUUGGGUCAAUCUUAUCCAACUUGUUAUUGGUCUUAGGCAUGUGUUUUUGGUUAGGUGGAUAUCGUUAUAAAGAACAAGUGUUCAACGUCACUGUGGCUCAAACAUCGGCUGGUCUUUUAUUUAUUGCCACUGCUUCCUUGUUGAUGCCUGCUGCCUUUUAUGGUUCUACUUUACAAUCUGUCUCAUCUGCUGCUGAAGUUCAUGAUAUAUUGGCCAUCUCUCGUGCUACUUCUGUUUUAUUAUUGAUUAUCUAUGCCUCAUAUCUCUUUUUCCAGCUCAGAACACACAAACAAUUGUUCCUCGCGCCACCUCCCGAAGCAUUCCACUUUUCUCGUCGAAACUCAAGAAGUCGUUUGAAUGAUGCAGAAAGAAGCAGUACAUUGACUCAGCAAGAAGAUGAUGAAGAAGAAGAACAGCCCAUUAUGCCUGGUUUAUUGGCUGGUUUCAUGCUAUUUAUCAUCACUGUAUUUGUGGCUAUCUGCGCUGAGUUCCUUGUUUCCGCCAUUGAAGAUGUUGUACAACAAUGGAACAUAAGUGAAACUUUUGUUGGUCUCAUCUUGUUACCUAUUAUUGGAAGUAAUGCUGCCGAACAUGUCACUGCUGUUACUGUUGCUUGGAAGAAUAAGAUGGAUUUAGCUUUAGGCGUUGCCGUCGGAAGUAGUAUGCAAAUUGCUCUUUUGGUAACUCCUAUCAUGGUUAUCAUCGGUUGGGGCAUUCAAGUCAAUAUGAGUUUAUACUUCAAUAUGUAUGAAACCGCUAUCAUGUUUGUUGCUGUGGUUAUGGUCAACUAUCUUAUCAUGGACGGUCGAAGCAAUUGGUUGGAAGGACUCAUGUUAUGUAGUGUUUACUUGAUCAUCGCCAUCUCCUUCUUUUAUUAUCCUGAUGCUGCUGCAAAUGACUUGGAUACUGGUGUUAAUUUGGCCAACAACAUUACAACUACUCAUUAGUAUCCUCUCUUAUUUCUCCUAUAUAUAUAAUAUAUAUUUAUAUAACAAUCACCAUUUUUUUUUUGUUAAUCAUUCUUCUUUUCUUCCUCCCAUUCACUUUUAUACAUAUAUAUUGUGUAUGUAAAAAUACAAAACAAGCGAUUAUCUUUUUGAUGAAAAGGUUUAAUAUAUAGACAACUCAUCCUUAGUUUUAUAUAUAUAUAUCCAUUUUAAAUAAACUCCAUGAAUAAACUCUUUAUCGUAUUCAAAUCAUUAGCUAUUAACAGUAGGAUAUCUCCUUUUUUGGGGAGGUGUUAUUUCUUUCCUGGAAUCAUUUGUCCCUCAUCAAACCCUUUUUUAAGGGGAGUUUUGGGAAUCCAACAGGAUGAUCAUUUUAUCGUGGCAAAGAAUCCAAUCACACGUUGGUUAAAA